CCGUAAUUGUAGCAGAUGACGGAGAUACGCGAGCUCCUUUGGGCCAGCAAGACUGGCUUUGCAGCAAGAAGUUCCUCCUCUUCCAUUGUUGCUCCCUUUUGUGGUCACGGUCAUGCUGGUUUUUUGCAGAUGCCGCCACAGAGGCCUACUACGACAAGGUUUUCUACCGCCUGCUGCUCACGACUCACACGGUUGCCUUUAUCUUCUUCGCCUUCGUCCUCUCGUCAUAUAGCCACUGCAGCAUCCGCCAUAACCCCAACCAGCGUUUUGGACGCUAGUGGGCACGUUAUUCCAGGAAAAAUGCGGAUGAAAAAACGCUUAGAGCGCGAGACCAAGGUCGACCCUGCAGUCAAGGCUUACCUUGCGGCGCAAAGGGUUGGGCUGGCGAAAACCAGAGCUCAGAGGCGGUCACAGUGGUUUGAGAUGACCCAUGGGAGCUACGCACCGAGGUUUCUAGAUCAACUGCGACCUUCCUUACAGAUGGUCACGUCUGCCAUAGACGUGAAGCAAUUGCCGUCACCACAGUUGCCUGAGGUUGCGUUCGCAGGGAGAAGUAAUAUUAAGGCUUGCAGCUCCUGCCCGAAUUUCUAUCCAUCUUCAGAGAAGUCAUCCUAGAAGAGAGACUUCUCAAGGGGAAAAGACGCUUAGGACCAUGCGGCUCGAGAUGGAUCAUGCUGGGUUCUAAGAAUAGUGGGAAAUCUACAUUGCUAAAUGCAUUGACAGGUUGGGGAAGGGCGCUAACGAAAAGAACGCCGGGCAGUACUACAGUAUUUUUUUUGGCUUAUAGAUGAAUCAGAUACUCUUUGUCUUUGAAUCAGAUACUCUUUAGGAAGGCAGGCUUAAUAGAUGAAUCAGAUACUCUUUGUCUUUUGAAGAAGGCAACUCAAAAGGGACCUCAAAAGGGUGUCUACGAGUACUAGUUCUCCUAUUUCAAACAAAAUCACAGGAGCUUGUGUUCUGGAAUGUCGGGAAGCCUGCAACCCUUCGGUUCGUAGACUUGCCGGGGUACGGUUUUGCCUGUGCUAGUGAGGAAAAACGGGUUCAGUGGACCGAGUUUACCCUGUGGUAUCUGAAGCACCGAGGACCUCUCCGCUUAGUCCUAGUUCUCUGCGAUUCCAGAGUGGGUCUGGUGGAAUCCGAUCGGGAGUUUCUGUCCUUCUUUUACGCCCCAUGAGGAUUCGUUUUCAGAGAAGUUCUGAGAAGAUGGACAUGGGAUAUGCAUUAUCGUACUUUUCUCUAUCAAGAAACUAACAUAGACUUUGAGAUUGAGUUGUUCUAUGUAACUAUAGUCUAAUAGCUCAUUUAUUAUCGUGCUUUCUAAUUCUCGGAUCGGCAUAGUGUGAAAUGGCAACUAGUCUUCACGAAAUGCGACAAGGUGGACAGACGAGAACUUGCGCGAAGAGUUAGCAUGGUGAAUCAACAUGAGUUGUUAAGGCAGUAGUAGUAAAAGUAGUAGAAGUGUAAAACGAGGAGGAAAAGGACGAGUUGUUCCACCUCAAAAAAUUUGACUAGGAGUCAACUUCUUGUUACCAUUAUAGACCAGUCAACCUCGACGUGGUUCCUUCUCCUAGUUCAGUAGGCGGUCUGAAUGUUCUAACGUCCGGAGGUUAUGAUUUAGGCACUGCGUCAUGGCAAUCCGCAGGUGGUGGAGUUGUGGGGCAUAAUUCUGGCUCUCGGUCAAUGGAUGGCAAACGAUAUCGGCACAUGCACUCUGCGCCUAUACCGAUAUCUGCCCUGCGACGACAGAACCUAGAGAGUGUGCGUGCGGUUUUGAACCCUUUAGCGAUGUCUCAGGAGGUCGUAGUAAACGGAACGAAGCAAAGGGUGUACUUAUGAUGCAAGAAUCGUGUUUCUGAGAUAUUGAGACUGCAUGCAGAUGCUUUCAUUCUAGGUUACAGUCCCUCCGAGGAAUACAUCUAGAAGGGUCGAUUGGGUCAUUUUGAGAACAAGAAGGUGACUUCUAUGAAGUAUAACAAGUGCUUGUUCUUGAAAUCUACUAGAACAUCUUUUUACUUACUACUUGACCAUGUACUAGUGCCCGAGGUAACAUGACAUGACAUCUAAGAUGUGACCUAGUAGAGCUACAGCGGAUUCGGCGCACCCAGAAGGCUGAACGACGGCGGUUACGGCUCCGAGAACGGGAGCGAGAACAAAGUUUGCAGGUCCAGCAAGCAGACGUGACAAGUACAUUGAAGCGAUGGGGCUUGGAUGAGGAAGAAGAAGAGACAGCAGUUGUGCAUGACGCGGAACACAGUUGCUCGAUGGACAAUAUGGGCACGAGGACAUUACAACAUGGUGUUGACAAGAGGGGGGCGCUGAAUGAGGUGGAACAAUAUGAAGAUGUUUGUGGAGGCGCAGGAAGUGCAGGAACAACUUCUAUAGGCGAGGAUGAUACACUCGAAGUUCUGCGGGAGCCCCAAGUUCUGCGGGAAGAGGAGUUCCCAGAGAAAACGACUUUAAGCAACGAAGACAGUACUCCCGCAGCUUCGCUUGCGACGCUCAAUCUUGCUGAUGGAGAGGAUGAUGUAAAAAUCGAGAAAAGUGUUGAUUGGGAAAGAACCGAGGUGGCACCUGCUGCUGAAGACGACACACAGUUCCUUUCCGGUAUUCUUCCUGGAGGAGAAGCUGUAGAGGCCGCUGAAGAUAUUUUUAGUAAAGUUGAGGCCUCAGCAACAUCUUGUUCCUCUUCUGUCGAAGACUUGCUCAAGGAGGUCGACGAGUCAGGUUCGACGAGGGCUUCAACUGAAGCGAGUGCUUCAGAAGAUGAAGAUUGCGAUAUAAUUCUCGAGGCUUGCAGACUUGACUCAGGCGAUAAUCAUGAUGUUGACGUCUUAAAAGCGGAGACAUCUUCGAACAGCACGAAAAUUGCUUCUUGUUUCUAUGACCAUCAAGACCUCCUCCGUGAAACAUCAAACAGGAAGAAAGAGCGGACAUCUAGUUAUUACACCUUCACACGGGGACAAGCUCCCGAUCCUCUAGCAGAUCUGGAGGCUGACGGGGUGUUGACGAGUUUCGAUUUGACGUGUGGUUCUUCUCUAAGUAGCGACCCUACUAAAGAGUCAUCUUCUGGUACUACAGGAAGGUGGACAGCUAAAAGCGACGAAGAUGCUCCUGGAAUUUUCUCACCUACAGCUGGUUCAGCAGCUUCAUCUGAAACAGCUGGUUCUUUACUCCCCGAUCUUUCUCCUGUUGCAGACCGCGUAGUUGUUCCACCACCAGAUUCGCCUAGAGGCAAGAGCACGCGACGAGAACGAGGAGAACAGCGCAAAGCGGAGCAAAGUUAAGGCUUCCCCUAAUCCAUCCCGAUCCCCAGAAUAUGAUCUUGGAGCUAUCCCUCAAAAGGGAGAGAGAGAGGAGCAUCAAGAUACGUCGUCUUAAGAUGGAUUAUAAGGGUGAGCUCUAACAAGGGGCAGCACAAGUCAAGGCGAGAGAAGCAGUGGCUGCAAAGAUCGUUGCGUCUAACGUAGCCCUGAAUAAGGACCCAGGUCUGUUGAAAAAAGCGAUCCGACCGUGGGAGCCAGUGGUUUCGGAGCAAGAAUUGGCAAAAAUUGCGAAUAAAGUGGAGUAUGAUCACGUGAAAGAGCAUGAAGAAGGGCAAGCCGCGUAUGACCCGAAUCGAGGACUGAGUGAAGAUGAACAGCGCAUUGCAUUUAGAAAUUUCGACAAGACGAAACAAUUGUCAAGUUCUCAAUCAGGCUCUCUAGAAAUGAACCAGGACAUGCAGGAGGAGAUCAAACGUCGACACAGAACGGAGUGGCGCAGCAGUCUGGACAACACAGAUCACGUCGCACAUAUUAUGCAUGUAGGGAACUCAUCUCCGAAGUCAACAUCUGGAAGAACAAGAUAUAAUUGGGAAAAAGGCACCUCCCAGAUGAACUUCAUUGAGAUGUUCCAUUUCCUACACCUCUAAACUUGAGAAAAAUAUCGCUGCGAGCGUUGAGGGAAAACACCAGAGUGCUAUAACCGGUGCCUCACGAGGACCAGCAUCGACUGGUGCCGCACGAGGUGGCACUAGAGAAGCACAACUACUACCUCCUUCAGCUGCAGCAACCUCACCACAUCAUGCGAUGGCACCUUCUGUGCCCUUCAAACAGGGUUCGAGAAUUGGCCUCUUCACAGACGGCAUCAGUGACAUUCUUCCGAGAGGAAUACGCAAAUGGAAGGUAGUCGGAAAACCAAAACCGCAUACCCCGGCGACGAUGAAUUUAUGAAGGAAUGGAUGAAGAUUUGUAUCAUGAAGAGCAUUGGCAUUCAUAAAUGUUGGUGCCACUACUUGUUUUGAUUACUUCAAGUCCAAUGCCAUGAAUAUGAAAAAUAUGAUAAUAGAAGAAUAUCAUUAAUAUACUUGCUUCAAAAUGAUCUUAGAUUCUAAAACUUACUACAAAUACUGAUACUUUGCUAGAGAUCUCGUCGAUCUACUCCAGAAAAUAAUGUCUAAUCCUUCGUUCCCGCGACGUUGCAGCAAUAUUACGGUGUCGUCUCAACCGCAACGGUGACGAAAUCAUUCCGAAGAAAAGUGGCAACGCGAUGACUUUUCAAGAAGCCAAAAAGAAGAUGCAAGGUUGGGCAGCCCGUCAUCGGCGACGUAAAUCUCUUGUAGCCGAAUCUGGCAAUUGGCGGAAUGAGGCGGAAGCACGAGAGGAAUGGGAGCAGAAGCGGGGCGUGCGCUUGGCCGACUUACCAACCGUCGAUCCAACGGGAAGACGGGAUCCAUGUGCAACGAGAGAGCUGAAGCAGGGCUUGAAAAUGAUGCAAAAGCAGAAUCGCGCGAAGCGGAAAGGGAGAGACCAGUGACAUUAGUACAUAUGAAAUCUUAUUCGUCCUUCGAUUCUUCUUUCUUACUACCUUUCUCUUUAAUAAUCAAAUGUGGUUUAUGAAAUCUUAUUAGAGGAAACAAGGGAGAGAACACUGACCUGAGACUCAAUAGGGACAAGGAGCUAGCAGGCUUGGGUACCAGAAUGUAGCUCUUCACCACCUCAGCUAGAAGAUGAACGGCUGUGCCUUUGAAGUGAGACUCGUCUGGAACGAGCUUGAUGAUAGGAGUCAACCUUGAACCUCAAACUUGAUGAUAGGAAUGCACUUGUACUUACUUGGAUACUAAACACUGGACCAUAAAGCUAAUCGUACUUACUUGCAUACUCUGGAAGAGAUAAGUACGACGCAGAUGAUGAUGACCGGGAUGUACUACAUUUUUUUGACGAUUUUUCACUAUGAUCAUUUGGCCACCUUAGUUUCAGUUUGAGCAUGCCGCCAGCAUGCGUAAAUCUAAUGAUUAUCGUAGUUGUUCAUCGAAUGAAGAAAUAUGAUUUUUUUUCUUGCUGCCAGCCUCCGCUUGGAGCGAAUCAUCGUCACAUACUAUAAUAAGUCCUAAUACUAUUAGUGAAAAAUAUGACUUUUUCUGACGAUGGCACUGUAGUUUUGUGGUGUUUUUCAACGAGCAAGUGACAAGGAGUACAAAGAAGGCAUGCAAAGAAUCCGUGUUCUGCUUAAUAGCCGCAAUGAAAUAACC